GGUGGGGUGGGGGUGGGAGUGGGGUAGGGUAGCACACCUUUGCGCAUGCGCCAGUCCGGACCCUGGCUUACCCGGUGACCCCGCCCCCCACUGGGGUAGGUUAGAGAGUAUUUGGCUAUUGAAGGUUUUGAGGGCCCGCCUAGGUAAUUAACACAAUUUACAUUAGUAUAAUGAAGACAGAGUUCCAAGCAACCACCUUGCAAAUGGACCCUGAGAGUUCAGCCUAUCUGUAAUGGAGAUACUGCAGGCCACGAUCCUUGGCUUUGUGAGCAGUUUAUAAUUUAGCCAGAUUUAGUCCCUCCCCCCGCAAAAAAAGUCUUUUAAUCACAGAGCGAAAAAACGCUGCCGCAACAUGUGACAGCAAAUGUUUUAAAGCACGGGACGUUUGGUCCCCCAUAAUUUUGUCAUAAGAUUGUCCAAGCGUUUCUUUGAAAGCUAGAUGACACUGCCAGUAAACGCCAAAAUAGUAGCAGUCGCUUGAACCGAGCGGUAUUACUCCAGGGUGUGGGUGGGAUCCAUUCUCGCGCGCCUUCUGCGCCGGCCGGGGGCUUGUUCGCGAACACUGAGGGGUCUGGGCUCCGCGGGGCGGGGCCGCCGGGACUCCGCUAGUGCGCAUGGGCAGGCGUCCUCCUCCGCCCCUGGGGACUCCUUGUUUCCGCCGUCGGCCGAAACACUGCGAAGACCGUUACCUGAGCGCUACCGGUCGCCGACAUGGCUGAGGAAAAAGAUUGCCUGGGAGACGUAGAGAAGGGCGAGGAGCCGAUGGUGACCAUUACUGGUGGUGCGUACUCUGAGAAGCAGGCGGCGGCGGCGGAGGAGCCGAUGAAGGUGGGAGCGGCGGCGGGGGCUGAUGCCUGCUCUGACGACCUCAGCUGUGGGGAGGCCGACAUCGACCCAAGCCUGCUGGAGCUGGUGGAUGAGGAGAAAUGCCGGAGUAUCCGCAAGCAGUACCGGCAGCUCAUCUAUAACGUCCAGCAGAACCGUGAUGACAUAGUGAACACGUCGAGCGAGUCCUUAACCGAGGCUCUCGAAGAAGCCAAUGUCCUGUUUGAUGCAGUGAGUCGAACGAGAGAAGCGGCCCUCGACGCUCAGUUUCUUGUUUUGGCUUCUGAUUUGGGUAAAGAAAAAGCAAAGCAGCUAAACUCUGACAUGAGCCUUUUUAAUCAGGUGGCAUUUUGUGAUUUUCUGCUUAUAUUUGUGGGUCUAAACUGGAUGGAGGAUGAUGGGCGUGACGCGCUGAGUGACUGUGAUGAUAAUAUAGCUCGCUCUUUCUGGGAGACAGUCCAAAAGGAAGCGGCGUCGUGGAUGCUGCAAGCUGAAGCAUUCCACUUUCUUUUCGGUUCAUUCAAAUCAGAGCCUUCUGCGCGGAAGCCCCGACUGGAGCACCGGAAAAAAGUUAACAGAAUGGAAGAAAACGGGGAUAUGCCUACAAAGCUGAGGAAGCUGGACCUGAGUAGUAAUCAAGAAGCGACAGAAAAAGAAGUAGAAAGAAUCUUGGGAUUGUUGCAAACGUACUUUCGAAAGUAUCCUGAUACUCCCGUGUCCUAUUUUGAGUUUGUGAUUGACCCAAACUCUUUCUCUCGUACUGUGGAGAAUAUAUUUUAUGUUUCUUUCAUUAUAAGGGAUGGUUUUGCAAGAAUAAGGCUUGACCAAGACAGGCUGCCAAUAUUGGAGCCCAUUAAUAUUAACCAUGUGGGUGAGGGGAAUGAUUCCAGUUCCCAUGGCAGGAAACAAGGAGUUAUAUCUUUGAGUUUACAGGACUGGAAAAAUAUUGUGGCAACUUUUGAAAUUUCAGAGGCCAUGAUCACAAACUCGUACUAAAGACUUUUUUUCUUAGCGUAGGAGACAUUUUGUGGCUUUUCUUAAGCAUCUCAAAAUGGAGAGUAAAAUCCAAACAGAAGCACACAUUGUAUCUCUUGUAAAGUGAAAAAGUAUUUUCAAGAACAUCAGAAAUUGU